AUACGAAAAUUGAUCGAAGAGAAAAUUGGUCGAAAAUUUUGUUAUAAAAGAACAAAAGCUUUUUCGUAAUCAGAAGCUCUAACUCUUAAGUGUAAAAGCAAAAUUUACACUAGUUGUAUUAAUCAAAAAAAGAAUACUCAUAUUCGAGAGAUCUAAUAAGUCAGACAAAUACGUUAGACAAAUACAAAAAAGCAACAGCAGUUUAGUAAUUAUGAGCAAAUGCUUUAAUUGUUGUAGUAACGUUGUCUGCCUUGAAGGUGAGACUGAGGGUGAGGGUGAGAAUAAGGUUGUAGGAACAUUCUCGAAGCAGACAACCCUACUACAGGAAUUAGAGGAACUUACUCAUUGUUUCUAAACUGUUAUUGCUUUUUUGUAUUUAUCUAACUUAUUUGUCUAAUUCAUUAGAUCUCUCGAAUAUGAGUAUUCUUUUUUUGAUUAAUAUAACUAGUGUAAAUUUUGCUUUUACACUUAAGAGUUAGAGCUUCUGAUUACGAAAAAGUUUUUGUUCUUUUAUAACAAAAUUUUCGACCAAUUUUCGCUUUCCCAUAAACUUUCUUAUGAUCUUGCUAACAUCGCAUUACAGCCGUCUUUUGAUCAGCUUGAUAUAAGUUCGCAAAAACCUAACAGAGUCACAUCUGUAACGUCUAUGCAAAAUGUUUGCGAGACCCUUCAACAGAUUUACAUUUAUUAUCCAGAAAAUCAUCUGAUCAGCUAUUUUGUCGAACCAUGUGAAAAGCAUCCUGAAAGAUACAUGCUGUUGACGAUGCACAUCGAUUUUGUAAGAAUUCGAAAUCCUUAUUCUUGACAUUCUCCUUGCAAAUUCCUGUUGAGGCCUUCUUAGGAUUUGAAAGAUCUGGGCAAGAAGUUAAACAAAUCCCUGAAAACACGGAUUAUCAUAGAUUCUACUUCCCAGACAGUUACAAAAACGCUGUUUUAUUGUGAAAGCGGUGCUUAGCAUCACAUAGUUACAACAGUGAUGAAUUGACCAAUGUCACCGUUUAUCACAAAACGUUUACAAAGAAUACUUUUUAUCGUAUAAACGCUAACUUAUAACUGCGCUAAAUAUAAAUUCAGUGACGGUUAAACGUAUGAUUUUUCAUAAUUUCAUAUGAAGUAAACGACUCUUGUUUAUUUAACCAAUAUUUAAUCAAAUCAAUGAGUAGCUUUUAUUCUUUCACGAAAGAGAAAUAUUUUAUUUCGAAUAAGUCUGAAGUCCCAGACCACUGAAUUUUCUUUCAGUUGUGUGUGUCCUGAAACCAUCAAAGCUCGAAUUCAAGAGAUACAAGUAAGGAAGACAACCGAAAUUCUAUAAAAAGAAAGCAAUACGCUACUUUGUGUUUACAGCAUUCUUCGUUGGAGAUCACGAUUUUGGAUAUCUACCAUGACACUUCACAUAGUAGAUACUGAUUUAUAAAAACGUUUAAACGAUCAUGUGCCAUGAUAAACGCUUUCGCACGUGAGUGAAGCGUUAAAACAAAAGAAAAAGGUGAUGAUCACCAUUUUUGCCGUUUAUCAUCGUUUAAACGGUAUAUUAAGCGUUUCGCUUCUGUCUGGGUUGGAACCUUAGGAAUGAACUAGCUUGAGAGUGCAUAAAGUGACAUAUCUGUACAAAUUGUUAUGAAUUUCUUUUUCAUAGAAAACUAGUAAAAGGCUUCUAAAUUUAUAUCUACUUAGAGAAUCUUUUCUUGUGCAGAGUCAAUGAGAGAAGAACACUCUCGAAAAUUUUACCAAGUUCUCUUUGAAGAAGAAGAAGAAGAAGAAGAAGAAUGCCUCAUUUGUAUCAUCUCCCCACCCCCACUCAAAAGAAAGGGGAUCUCUUCGACAAUGACGAUUCCUUUUCUUCUUCGUUCAUUCUAGUGAUUCCCAAUAUUCCAGUCGAUGCCCAAUGGGUACAGAACGGGGUAACUGUUGCUGGAGGUCAUGAACAAGGUGAUGCCGCCAAUCAACUCAGCUGGCCUUUCGAUCUUUUCAUUGAUGAUGACCAAACAAUGGUCAUCGCUGACACGAACAAUCAUCGUAUUAUCCAAUGGAAGAUCGGUGAAACGAAUGGGCAAGUAGUAGCUGGUGGCCAUGGUCAAGGAAAUCGAUUGGAACAAUUGCAUUCUCCAACCGAUGUGUUGAUCGACAAAGAGACUGAUAGUUUCAUUAUUUGUGAUUGGCAGAAUCGACGAGUCGUACGUUGGUCUCGUCGUAGUGACACAACUCAAGGAGAAAUCCUCGUCGACAACAUCAAGUGUUGGGGAUUGGCCAUGGAUGAUCGGAGAUAUCUCUACAUCUCUGAUACUGAAAAAGAUGAAGUAAGACGAUAUCAAGUAGGAGACAAGAAAGGAACUCUCGUGGCCGGUGGCCAUGGCCAAGGUGUUGAUCUCAAUCAACUCAACUGGCCGAAGUACAUAUUUGUCGAUCAACAACAGGCUGUUUACGUGUCAGACAGCGAAAAUCAUCGUGUGAUGAAAUGGAAUAAAGAUGCAACAGAAGGAAUUGUCGUCGCUGGGGGUCAAGGCCAAGGGAAGGCUCUGACACAAUUGUCGGAUCCUUACGGACUGUUCGUUGAUACGUUGGGUACUAUCUAUGUUGCAGACACGGAGAAUAAUCGAGUGAUGCGUUGGUCUAAAGGUGCGACACAGGGCACUGUCGUUGUGGGUGGAAAUGGCUCAGGAGCAGGAGUAAAUCAGUUCAAAAUUUCCAUGAGUUUGUCCUUCGAUAGAUAUGGCAAUCUUUAUGUUGUCGAUGAGUAUAAUCAUCGUGUUCAACGAUUUUCUAUCGAAUAA